CCCGGCCACCGCCUCGGCCCUGUGCUCAGCGCCACCCGCUGGACCCCGACGCGGGAAAGGGGCGCGCCCGGGCGGCGCGGCGGGCCUCGGACGCCCCCGGGCCGGCACGGAGAAGCAGCGGUAGCAGGGAAAGGGUCCAUAUCCCACCUCAUCAUGUCCCGAAGAAGCCAGCGGCUCACACGCUACUCCCAGGGUGACGAUGAUGGCAACAGUAGCAGUGGAGGGAGCUCAGUCACCGGGAGCCAUAACAGCCUGUUUAAAGACAGUCCUCUCAGGACCUUGAAGAGGAAAUCCAGCAACAUGAAGCGCCUGUCCCCAGCACCACAGCUGGGCCCCUCCUCCGAUGCCCACACCUCCUACUACAGCGAGUCCAUGGUCCAGGAGUCCUGCAUAGGCAAUCCCCGGGCAGCAUUGCUGGCCCGGAACGCCCUCCUCCAUGACUUGCAUAGUGACUCCUACUGGAGUGAGGACCUGCGGGUGAGAAGGAGGAGAGGCACAGGCGGCACUGAGAGCAGCAAGGUCAACGGGCUCACUGAGGGCAAGGUCUCUGAGGACUUCCUUGGCUCUUCCUCAGGCUACUCCUCUGAGGAUGACUUCAUGGGCUACUCAGAUACAGACCAACAGAACCCAGGUUCACGGUUAAGGAGUGCUGUCUCUCGGUUGGGCUCCUUCUUCUGGAUGGUGGUCACUUUUCCAGGCCGGCUCUUUGGACUUCUCUACUGGUGGAUUGGCACCACUUGGUACCGCCUGACAACAGCUGCCUCCCUUCUUGACGUCUUUGUUUUAACCAGGCGUUUCUCAUCCCUGAAGACAUUCCUCUGGUUCCUGCUGUUGCUGCUGUUUCUGACCUGCCUGACAUAUGGUGCUUGGUAUUUCUACCCCUAUGGACUGCAGACAUUCCACCCUGCUGUGGUUUCCUGGUGGGCCGCAAAGGACAGCAGAACGCAGCAGGAGGGAUGGGACUCCAGAGACUCACCACAUUUCCAGGCUGAGCAGCGUGUUCUGUCCCGGGUGCACUCUCUGGAGCGGCGUCUGGAAGCUCUUGCUGCUGAAUUUUCCUCCAACUGGCAGAAGGAGGCCCUGCGCCUCGAACGCCUGGAGCUGCGGCAGGGGGCCGCUGGCCAGGGAGGUGGUGGUGACCUGAGCCAUGAAGACACCCUGGCACUGCUGGAGGGGCUAGUGAGCCGCCGCGAGGCUGCCCUGAAGGAUGACCUGCGCAGGGACACCACUGCCCGCAUCCAGGAAGAACUGGCCGCCCUGAGAGCAGAGCACCAGCAAGACUCAGAAGACCUCUUCAAGAAGAUCGUCCAAGCCUCCCAGGAGUCCGAGGCUCGUAUCCAUCAGCUGAAGUCAGAGUGGCAAAGGAUGACCCAAGAGUCCUUCCAGGAGCACUUUGUGAAGGAGCUGGGGCGGCUGGAGGACCAGCUGGCGGGCUUGCGGCAGGAGCUGGCAGCCCUGACCCUGAAGCAGAGCUCAGUGGCAGAUGAAGUGGGCCUGCUACCUCAGCAGAUCCAGGCUGUACGGGAUGAUGUGGAAUCUCAGUUCCCUGCCUGGAUCAAUCAGUUCCUUCUGCGAGGUGGAGGAACCCGCACUGGAUUCCUUCAGAAAGAGGAGAUGCAAGCUCAGCUGCAAGAGCUAGAAAACAGGAUCCUCGCCCACAUGGCAGAGAUGCAGGGCAAGUCAGCCACGGAGGCUGCAGCCUCACUGGGACUGACGCUGCAGAAAGAAGGUGUGAUCGGGGUGACAGAGGAGCAGGUGCACCGCAUCGUGAAGCAGGCCCUACAGCGCUAUAGUGAGGACCGCAUUGGCAUGGUGGACUAUGCCCUGGAAUCAGGAGGAGCCAGUGUUAUCAGCACCCGAUGCUCCGAGACCUACGAGACCAAGACAGCACUCCUCAGCCUGUUUGGCAUCCCGCUGUGGUACCACUCCCAGUCACCCCGGGUCAUCCUCCAGCCAGAUGUGCACCCAGGCAACUGCUGGGCCUUCCAAGGGCCCCAGGGCUUUGCAGUGGUGCGCCUUUCUGCCCGUAUCCGCCUCACAGCUGUCACCUUAGAGCACGUCCCCAAGGCCUUGUCACCCAACAGUACCAUCUCCAGUGCCCCUAAGGACUUUGCCAUCUUUGGGUUUGAUGAAGAUCUGCAGCAGGAGGGGACACUUCUUGGCAAGUUCACCUAUGAUCAGGAUGGCGAGCCCAUUCAGACAUUUUACUUUCAGCCCCCUAAGAUGGCCACAUACCAGGUGGUGGAACUGAGGAUCCUGACUAACUGGGGCCACCCUGAGUACACCUGCAUCUACCGCUUCAGGGUGCACGGGGAACCCGCCCACUAGCCCUGCUUUCUCCUGCCAGCUGCAGCGCCUAGAGUGGGUCAACACCCACCACUUCCUCCACACGCUUCAUCAGCGCCCUGACUUCUGGGAAUAAGAGCCAGGAGCUCCAGCUACAUGGAGAGACAGCACCAGCAGCUCCUCUCACUCUUCCUGCCCCUCAGGCACUGGCGCAGUUACAUAUAUAGCAUGUGGGGCACAGGGAGGGUGAGAGGUGAGCCUGAAGGCCGUUGCCUACAGUGGGGAGGCAUGUGAAGGAAGCAGGCGCCAAGGCUGUGGGCAACAUGAGCUGCCCCCUCCCCUGGCAGUGAACUGAGGUCCUGGGAGGAAGGCACUCAGCACAGAGGAAGCACCUGGUGUCACGCUUCUGGGCUUUUCCAAAAGACUAAUGCCAUCAACCUAGGGACACAUGAACCACAGGGUCCCUGAGGAGCUUCCAUAGAAACCUGUAUCUGUCCCAGGUAUUAAGGGGGAUGGGGGGCCUGGCUGCCUGUGUGGCUCUUGGGGCCAGGGCCAGCCCUGCUCCGCAGUAGGAGGAGUUGCUUUUUUCUCUGCUGAUGUUGGAGCUAAAGCCCAUUCUGCUCUCCACUCCUGCUAAGGACUGCUGUGCCUCAGAGCACACUUUCCACAUUCUGUGGAAAGUGUGUAGAGAGCCCCAGGUAUCCCACUUACAUCUGGGAUUAGCUGGUGGGGUAGCAGGGGACUCUCUGGGCUCUCGUGGUGGUCCAGUGGCAAUGCUGAUGGUGUCGUCCAGGGUAUUGGGAGGGCUGUCUGCACUUGUGCACCCCCAUCCAGUCAGGCCCUGAUGUCAGGGCCCUACCCUCAGAGGCUCUUCCAGCUCUUGCUCAGAUUGUCUCCUUUCUGGCUUGUUCUCUAUGGGGACAGUUAGUUGGGGCUGGAGGAAGAGGCUGGUAGAAGUUGCCCUGAGUAGGAGGAUGAGGAGGCCCUGCUGUAUUAUGUAUAUAUUUUUCAAGGUCUGUUUUUUUAACUGAAAAGCUAAGGGCUUGAUUCCUAGCCCCGUUCUGUGGGGCACUGGGUGACACUCAGUUCCUUUGUUUCUGGCCCCAGAGGGCUUGGGCCUGCACGGAACAGGCAGGAGGGCUGUGUGGACACAUGCCCUUUGUUAUAGGGCUGGGCCCCGAAGUGGCUCUAGAGCAGGUGGUGGCUAUGUAGCAGCUGUCCCCAUCCCUCCAGUGCUGGCCCUUACCCCAUCCCACAACAGCCAGGUGGUUUUUUGCGCUCUCCUGUCACAAAUGCUGCACUACUGGUUUUUAAGUUUUUUAUCUCCAGAUUCUAAUUUAUGCCUAUGCAAAAAAUAAACAAUGCCCAGGAUCAA